UAGCGCCGGCGCGGGCCGAGCAUGACGCCGCGCCGCUUAAGUAGCCGCCGCGAGAGGCACGGUUCUAAUCAGAGGCUGGCAGCCCGGGCGCCCCAGGAAUGCGCGGCCGGGAUGUUUUCGCUGCCUGCGCCCGGCAACUCCCCCUCGGCGCGUCUGCCGAGUCGCCCAAACUUAACUCCUUCCUGCCUCCGGGGGCGGGCCCGGCCCGAGGCGGGGCGGGCGCGGUGCACGCGAGGACAGGAAGGGGCCCCGGGGGGGCCGGGCCGCGGCUCCCGAGCGUCCCGCACGGCCGCUCGCUCGGGGCGAUGUGGCGCAGAGGCUUCCCCACCCCGGGGCCCGGCGCGCACAGAGCCGCCUUACCGCUCACUUUCUGCCGGCCGGGUCCGGCGCCCAUCUGCUAGGUCCGGAGGGUGCUGAUAUUGCUUCUGGCAGUAAUUCAGUGUCCUGCUCACAUUAAGAAGAAAAGAAAGAAUGAAAAUAAAUUUAACUGUUUCUGUCCUGGGCGGUGCUGCUUCCUGUCAAGUGUGCGCUGUUUGGUUACCCAGAGUCCGGAGUGAACACCCUUGCAUCUGGAGACUCACCCAAGCCCACACAGACGCUCAUCUGCGUAAGCCACGGCUUUCUCUUGUCACCACCAAAAUUUAUGUUUAGAAAAUUAAAGCAAAGAAAAUUCAAUGCAAUGUGUGAGAAACUAUGGUCCUUGCAUGGCAGUUGUCCUUUAAGCAAAACUUGUCUGUGAGAGAGAAGGAAAAAUAAAUAAAAUGGACUGUGCUCGCAAACUA